AUGUCUCUGAAAAAUUUAAAAACACAGAGAAGAUCUGUGAAAUCUUCUAUUACCAGAAUGAAUAACUGGAUAACUUCCCAAUCUACUGUUACAAAUGAAACUGCAUUUAUGAAUGAAUGUAUAAACAGACGCGACAAGCUUGAAAAGUAUUUCUUACAAUAUGAAAAUAUUCAAGGUCAAAUUGAAAUGCUUAUUGAAAACUCUCAGGAUGAAUUAUCAGAUAACGAAGACAUAGACUUAGUUGAGAAAAAAUACUUCACAACUAAUUCUGAACUAUCUAGAAUGAUUGAUGAAUUGACAUCGAACGAUAAUUCAAACUCUCAGAGUCAAACUAAUAAUAAUUGUAAUAUCGACGUCAAGUUACCUGAUAUUUCCUUGCCUAAAUUUAAGGGUCAGACGUCAGAGUGGCCUUCAUUCAUUCAACUCUUUGAAAAUCUGAUUAUUUCUAACAAUAGCUUAACAAAUAUCAAAAAAUUGCUAUAUUUAAAAGCUUCCCUUUCUAACGAGCCCUUGCAAUUGAUAGACGAUCUAGAACUUUGUGAUGACAAUUUUCAAAUAGCAAUAGAUACUUUAAAACAAAGGUAUGAUGAUCAAAGUGUUCUACUGUAUAACUUAAUUGAUCAAAUAUACCAACAAAAACCUGUGAGCAAAACUUGCCCUACGCUUUUACGUGAAAUAACGGCUAAAAUAAUCUAUCACUCCAAUGUAUAUACGACAAAUGGUCAACAUCCUCACACCAAAUCGAUAAAUAAUCGAAAUAAUAACUUUAAUCGUCAAAUUGACGAAAAUUCACAUUCUCACCAGGCUACUGAUAAUCGACAAAAUCCUUCUAGACCACAGAAGAAUUAUGAUAAUGCUGAAACCAACGAAAACUCACAAGAUAAUAAUUCUAACGUAUCUGCUAUACAAACACAAUCCUUAUCUGCUCUAUCCACUGAAUGCCACGUGCUUCUAGCUACGGCUAAAAUAAUUAUGUAUGACUCUCACAAUAACCCAUUUAAAACUACUAUUCUGCUAGACAACGGUUCCCAAAACUCAUUUGUUUCACAAGAACUAGUAAAUAAACUACAAUUGAAAACGUUUGAAAAAAAAAACACUGCAAAUUUCCGGCAUAUCACAAACAGUAUCAACCACAAAUAA